AUGAACUGUGAUUGUCGUAGACCAAUAAAUUGUUAUAAUGAUGGAACACGAUACAAAACUAUGAUUGUUUUUCAUACAAUUGAUCUGAUAUUUUUUAUUAUUCGAUUGAGUCUCGUAAGUAAUGAUAUUUCAAAAAAUGUUUCGGACACAAAGAGUUUUCUUAUACCGAUUAUAUUAUUUGAUUUAAUUGCAUCAGUUCCAAUAAUAAUAUGUAAUAUUAUUUAUGUAAUAAUGCAUCAUUGUGUUAAGCCAUUAGUUCAUGGACAAAGCUCUUUGCAAUGGUUAUGGCGUUUUGGAACGAUGACAUGUAUUCGACUCAAUUGUCAUGAUGAACGUCCACAAACCAUUUUACUAAUGCGUGUUAUUGUUAUUGUUGGUUCUUUUAUCUUAAGAUUUAUUUGUUUCAUUAUUGGUGCUUCCUGUUCUGCUCGUUUCAAAUCACAAUGUACUGCUUAUACUGUCAUUGCCGCUUUUGCUUUAGUAUCAUCUAUAUUGCUUAUUACUACUGAAUUUAUUCAUUUUUUUCGUUUAUGGACUUACAAUCCAACUGAUACAAGAAAUAUAAAGAGUAGAAACGCAAUUAGUAGUACUGGUUUAACAAAGCGAAUAGAAAAAACUCAUCGACGUCAUCUUGGUUUUAUUCAUCAUUCAUUAUUAAAUGAUCAAAAUGCUGACAAAUUUCGAGAUUCAAGAUGUGAAAAAGGAAUUAAUUGUAAAUCAUACAGUCUUUAUCAUCAUUUAUUGUAUCAUACACUUGAAUCUGAACAUGACAUUGACUUAGGAACAUUGCCAGUUGAUGAAAGAAAAUCUUUUAUUGCCUUUUAUCGAACAAAUAAACAAGAAGCAUUAGCAAUUGCUCAAAAUGGAUUUCCAUAUGGAGAUAAUACUGAUACAAAGUUUAAAGAUUAUUUACAUCUUAAACAAAGUAUUUUUUUUACACGUUCAUGUAAAGGAGGAGGUUCUUCGUCAGCAGAAGCGAUUAUAUGUGUUCGACUGAAUUUAGGACGAAUAGAAACGAUAAAUAAUGAUGAAAAUCCGAAUCUUAAUAAUUACUUUGGAUUUGGUGAUGGAAAAUGUGACACAGUUUAUGUAAAAAAGACACGUCAAUUUUAUCUUCGAAUGCCAGGUCAAAUUGAAAAAUGGAUUGUUGCAAUUAAUGCUGGUGUUCCGGUCAAUGACAAUCUAGACGGUGAAUUGUAUGUAGGUUGUCCUUAG